AUGGCGUCACCUUACAAGUCCAGUCCGUCCCAAUCUCCGCCAUCUCCGGUCCCUUUCGUGCCGUCAACUGGUGUUGAAACCUGCACAAGUCCCAUCUGGGACGAAUACUUGGCCAACAAUUCUAAAGAGUUCACCCAAUGCACCCUUCCAGUUCAUAUAAACUUCGACGACCCCCAAACGGUCGAACCACGAGGAGUUGCAAUGCCGAUCACGUAUCCUUCGACGUCCAGCUACGCUUCAACAUCAACAUCCAAUGGCCCUCCACGAUCGUAUUCAACGCGGCCUCCUGUAUCACAACAUCAUCUUAGUCCGACUCCAUUAAAGAUCACCUCCACGAACCAAAAGCAUCAAGCAUCUUCACUACUAUCUCCAGUCUCCUUUCCGCUCACGACAAUGUCACCAAUGGCGACUGCUUUUCCGCUUACCAUUAUGCGACCUUAUGGCAUCAAGACGUUUGACCGGCCCAAAAUGCACAUGCCUGACACCCCUAGUAACACGCAAGUCGGACGCUGGACCAAGAGGGAACACGAACUCUUUCUAGAAGGUCUGCAACGCUUCGGCAAGUCGUGGAAAAAGAUCUCGAGUCUUGUGCACACACGUACAUUGGUGCAGAUACGCACUCAUGCACAAAAGUACCUUCAAAAACAGUCACGCGCUGCUAUCAAGGCUGAAGUUAAAGCUGCAGGAGUCGCCAUUUUUCGAUCCCAACCAGUGCAACGACCUCAACGACCUCGACACCCUCGAACGCAGUCAAACGUUGAUGCUUCUGGCCGGUCCACACUUCAAUCAAACGCUUCAAUGACUCCUGCUGUCACGCCGCGGCAGUGGAAAACACCACAGUCCGGAGAUCGCAACAACGGGUUUGAUCCUCUACUUUUUCCAAAUAAUCUGUCAGCUUUAGCCGCGACGUCACGAGCAUUGUCGUCGACUUCACCGCGUUCGUCCUUUCAGCUCAACAGCACCAAUAGACUGGACCAGCUACUGCAGGAUGACAAUAGCACCAUCCCAGCUUUCAUCGACGAGUACUAUUCGAGUCCGACCGCAAUCGAAGACGGGCUGCUGCGACCAUUGUACACUAGCGAACAAUGGCUGUCUCAAGCGGAGAUAUCGACUACCAAUGUCAACAAACGUCGCCGCCUGGAACCAAGUCUCUCUACUUGCUCAGGAACUUUAGCUUCGACUGCAGUUGUUGUACCAGCGUUGCGGUCUGCGUUCUUUAGCCUUAACACGUUCGAGCCACUGCAAGCUCCAGACAACUUGUCAUCGCCCAGUAAGAGCCCGACGCAGCGAGAGUCUGCAGUCCUGCUUGCCGCCCACGAGACUGACGGAACAACCGACCAUGCCAGUGCAUGGCUGUAG